GUCUUCAAACUAUAAUCAUUUUCUCCUAUCUCUCGCUCAAGUCUUCUUCAUCGAUCUUCUAUGAAGAGUGAGAACGUUAACAAACGUGAUGAGUAUCAACGAGUCUUUAGCUGCUUUGACAAGAGCCACCAAGGCAAGGUAUCUGUUUCUACAAUCGAAAGAUGCGUCGACGCUAUUAAGUCUGGCAAACGUGCAGUAGUUGAUCAAGAAGAUACUACAAAUCCAAAUCCAGAGGAGUCGACUGAUGAUAAAUCGUUGGAGCUCGAGGACUUCGUGAAGUUGGUGGAAGAAGGAGAGGAGGCAGACAAGGAGAAGGAUUUGAAGGAAGCUUUCAAGUUGUAUGAAGAGAGUGAAGGCAUCACACCAAAAAGUUUGAAGAGGAUGCUUAGUUUGUUGGGUGAGUCCAAAAGUCUCAAGGACUGCGAGGUUAUGAUUUCCCAAUUCGAUAUUAAUAGGGAUGGAAUUAUCAACUUUGAUGAGUUUAGGGCCAUGAUGCAAUAACAUAUUCAUUAGUUACAAAUAUCAUUUUUAAUCUAUUAUACUACUCUUCUUUACCAAAGGCUUGUAUGAACUCUCUGAAAUUAAGGUACUCUCUCUAUCUAUUACUGCCUCAUCUUCUUCAUCUUCAUCGUCAUCCACCAAUCUUGAAACCCUCUCUGCAAUCUCAACCGCGCUCGGCCUUGACUCGGCUUCUUCUGCAGUACAAUCUCUUGCAAUACUUGCGAUUUCAAACGCAGAAUCAACCGAAUAGCUCUCUCCCAAUGUGCUGUCCAUCACUUCCCUCAGCUUUUCCUUGUCCCCGAGAAGCCUUCUUAAUCUACUCCAUUCGGAAACAAAAGUUUCUUGUGUCCCAAGGGAUGUUGUCUCUACUUCUUGCAAUCCAAGCAACAUAUCUGGGGUUUGUCCAGACAAAACCUCCAUUACGAUUAUCCCGUAAGCAAAUAUGUCAGAAGCUGGAGACAGUGAACUCUCUAUAAGGUUCUCUUCUGUGGCUAAUUCAUUGGUUACGCACUUUGACAUCCCAAAGUUUCCGACUUUACCUCUGAGAUCUUCGUUCAAGAAGAUGUUUCUGCUCUUGAU